UAAUCAGUUCCAAACACCCCUUUGUUCUUUGGCCUCAACGCCCCCGCCAAACCGCCAAGCCCCAUGCUUUCGAAGAAUUUCAUCCUCACCUCGAUUGAAAGGUAUUGGAAAAGAUGGCGUUGUUGUUCCUCCGAUUGCCUACCGUUACCGCGUCCGCUUUGCGCAUCGCCCAAUUCAAAGAUUAUGCUGAGCUACAUUGGCUCAGUUUCAUUAUGAAACAUGAAGCUGGCAUUCAUUCUUUUCAGGACUGCUCAAGGCAUCUGAGCAGUUCAUCCGGCACAAAGAAAGUGGAUUUUACAGAUCUCACUCAUCCGCACGCAUGGUACCCACAUGCACGAAGGAAAAGUCGAAAUGUUGUUUUACAUGUGGGUCCAACAAACAGUGGUAAAACACACUGUGCCCUCAAACAACUCCAGUCAAGUUCUUCUGGUAUUUACUGCGGGCCGUUGAGGCUGUUGGCAUGGGAGGUGGCAAAACGGUUGAACAAGGCAAACAUUCCUUGUGAUCUUAUAACUGGACAAGAAAGGGAGGAAGUGGAGGGUGCAAAACAUAAAUCUGUAACAGUAGAAAUGGCUGAUGUGUCUUCUGACUAUGGGUGUGCCGUUAUUGAUGAAAUUCAGAUGGUAGGGUGCAGUACAAGGGGUUUCUCAUUUACACGUGCUUUAUUAGGAAUAUCUGCAGAUGAGCUGCACUUGUGUGGAGACCCUGCCGCUGUUCCUUUAAUUGAGGAAAUUCUUAAAGUGACUGGCGAUAAUGUGAAGGUUAAAUACUAUGAGAGGCUCUCGCCCCUUGUACCGUUGAAGGUUCCUUUGGGCCCAUUUGCCAAUAUACGGACUGGAGACUGCAUUGUCACCUUUUCACGCACUAAAAUUUAUAGGUUUAAGAAACAAAUUGAAAGAGGAGGAAAGCAUCUUUGCUCUGUUGUUUACGGUUCAUUGCCUCCCGAGACUCGGACCAGACAGGCAACGAUGUUCAAUGACACGAACAGUGUGUUUGAUGUUCUGGUGGCAAGUGAUGCUAUUGGGAUGGGUCUCAAUCUUAACAUAUCUAGAAUAAUCUUUUCUACGUUAAAGAAAUUUGAUGGCGUAGACAUACGUGAUCUGUCAGUAUCUGAGAUAAAACAAAUAGCAGGAAGAGCAGGUAGGUAUGGAUCUGAAUUUCCAAUUGGUGAAGUGACUUGUCUAGAUGCUGAUGAUCUACCCUUGCUUCAUUCAUCACUCGAUUCCCCAUCUCCUAUCAUUGAGAAAGCUGGUCUAUUCCCAAACUUUGACCUUCUAUAUAUGUAUUCUCGUCUACACCCAAAGUAUGGCCUAUACAAUAUACUGGAGCACUUUGUAGAUAAUGCAAAGCUAUCGGCAAACUAUUUUAUAUCUGAUUGUGAUGUAUUGUUGAGAGUUGCUUCUAUUAUAGAUGAGUUGCCACUUAGUUUGCACGAUAAAUAUCUCUUUUGUAUAAGCCCAGUGGACGUCAAUGAUGAUAUAUCAUCCCAGGGCCUUACCCAAUUUGCAACAAAUUAUGCAAAGAAGGGCAUUGUUAGACUCCGGGAAAUAUUUACUCCUGGGACGCUUCAGGUGCCUAAGACACAGGGUGCACUUAAAGAGCUGGAAUCAAUUCACAAGGUUUUGGAUCUCUAUGUUUGGUUAAGUUUUCGGCUGGAAGAGAGCUUUCCAGACCGUGAGCUGGCUGCAUCACAGAAGGCUAUAUGCAGCUUGUUGAUUGAGGAUUUCUUGGAAGGGCUGGGGUGGCAGAAACCAGGGUCAUGAAAUCUGCCUCCAGAAACCAAGGUCGACAUAUUCCCUGCGUGCUGAUAAAGGAUUCUCUUUCCUUUUCUGCCGAUCCAAAAUCAGAGUGUCAAGGCAAAUUGGAACCUUUUUAUGGGAGGACAGGAGUAAGAACUUGGCCUUUUGGAUUCACAGUUUGCCUGACCAAGCCAAUUUUGUAGAUUCACAGUUCUUUUAUAGAUUUUGGAUGAAUUCCAGGGGACUAUCAUUCCUAUCUGUCCGAUUUCCUCAUGUCUAAAAAAAGAUCAAAUUGUAAAUUAAAUUUUUGUAUGUACAAAGCUGAAAUGUGAAUUAGACGGCCGUUGUAUAAUUAGACUUUGGGGCCAUUGGUGAUGUACUUUAGUAUGCGACGCUUAAUCAUAAACAUCAUAAUUACAAGGGAUAAGGGUCAGUUUGGUCCUCGAAGUUGCAAAAAAGGGUCAAAUAAGUCCUUAUAUAGAAAAUUCUGUCCGGACGUGCCAUUUGAGGUGGCUCCCGAUGGUAUUUUUUUAUUAAAUUUUUUGAGCAUCUUAUUCAUUAAGUCUAGUUUACUCAUAC